AUUCGAUUAAACAGAUCUCCAUGGCCGCCUUGAUUUAACUAAAGAGGUUCAGCAGAAGUUGAAGCUCACGUGCCGCAGUCGCGCAUGACCUGCUGCGCGAUAGACAGCGUGUUGGCGUCGCUGCCCGAGGGAAUCUCGCUGUUCCACGUGCACGACGGGAGCUGCUUCAGCUGCUGCACGGCGCGCUUACAGGCAUUUUGGUCGCAUAAUUCGCGCGCUUGGUCGGCUGGAAGCCACUUGACAGUCGUGAACAGAAGCGGCGCGAUGCAUUCUCUCAAUGCAUCAGCCAGGCCACCCUCGUUGGUGUUGAGAGUGAAGCGUAGCUGGGUGAAGCCAUCGCAGUUCGCUGUGCCGCCUACAGCAGUAGUCAUAGCCUGCAGCAUAAAUAGCACUUGAAUUCGCAUCUUUCUGGGUGUGGACGCGUCCCAGUCCGCGAUAAUUCGGAAAUGCCACUCACCUUAAUCUCCAAAGUUGACUAGGAUGCCGUUGACAUCAAUGCAUUUCAUGGGUGUGGUUAACUUUAG